AAGCUCAAACACAACCCGGAACCAGAAGUAAAGCUAGUCUGAUAUCACCGCGAGACAGAGGUCAGAAAUCCCUCUUACAGCCAUCUUGGAAAUAGUGUCCUGACUCGACAAAAAUGCCCGGCGAAGCCACAGAGACAGUUCCAGUCACCGAGCAGGAGAUGCAGCAGCCUCAAGUAGAAACUGCCACACCUCCUGCCCCUGAAAGUGUGGCUGCCUCCGCUCAGGCUGCUGCUGGCCCAUCUAAGGCCAAAGGCAAAGAGGCAAAGGGUGGACCAGGUUCUUCUGCCCCAAAGGCUGUCCCUGGCAGAAGAAAACGAUCCUCGAUGUCUGCCUCCUCAUCAUCUCCCACCUCCCCCAAGUCCACUUCAUCCUCCACUCCACGAUCUCCCUUAGCCUCCUCACCCGGAGGCUUUGCAUCUAGCCCAAGCAAUCGUGCUGCCCCCAAGGUUGUAAAGGCUGGCAAACAAGGAAAGGUUAAAGGAGAGCCAUUCAAACCCUCUCGUGAUUUGCCAGUCCCAGCUGAGGCUCCUGUUCCAGAACCAGUUGUAGCUGACCCUGUUGAGUGUAAAUCUAUCCCACCAGCAGAGGCCAAGCCUGUUGAGCCAAAAACUGAACCUAUUGAGGCCAAAGUGACCCCAGUUGCGCUUGAACCUGCCCUCGUUUCUGUCCCUGCUGAGCCUGCAGCCCCCAAACCCAUCCCGCCCAAGCCUGUUGCAGCCCCUGUGGCUUUCAAAGUGACUUCUAAGCCUGCUGCUGCUGCACCUGUCUCAUUUGCAGAAGCAGUUGCAAGAGGUUCCCCUAAACUUGCUCCUGAGGUGUCUGCAGUCAGCCCAGAGCCCAAAUCAAUUGAGGUUACAGAGAUGGUUGAGGUGAAGGCAUGUUUGGACCCUGUCCCAGCUCCAAUUAGGCCUGCCCCCCAGGCUGCACCCUUACCUGCCUUGGAUGAUGACCUCCCUCCUCUUAUUCCACCAGCAGAGCCUGUCAAAAUGCCAGUGUUCCUACCCCCUGCUGUAGUAGAGUUCCCUAAGCUUGUAACAGCUCCUUCUAAACCGUCAGCAGUUGAGGUGGUUAACCAGCCAGCUGCACAACCAGCUCCCCCUAAACUUGCCUCAGUUGAGCCUGUUAUUGAGCCUGCUGUUGUACCAGCUCUUGAACAGGCAGCUGUACCUACCCCUCCUCCCCCUGCUGAGGGUGCUGCUGAAAAGUCAGCUAAGGUACCUGCCCCAGCGGUUCCUAAACCUACCUCUGAGCCUGCUGCUGAUAAGCCAGUUGCUGCUCCUGCACCAGCUGCAGUGCCUACUCCAGUGGUUCCUAAACCUACCCCUGUUAAGCCGGCUGCAGAGAAGCUAGAUCCUGCUCCUGCACCAGCCCCUGAACCAGCUGCAGUUCCUACUCCAGUGGUUCCUAAACCUACCCCUGUUGAGCCUACUGCUGAUGAGCCAGUUGCUGCUCCUGCACCAGCUGCAGUGCCUACUCCAGUGGUUCCUAAACCUACCCCUGUUAAGCCUGCUGCAGAGAAGCCAGUUGCUGCUCCUGCACCAGCCCCUGAACCAGAUGCAGUGCCUACUCCAGUGGUUCCUAAACCUACCCCUGUUAAGCCUGCUGCUGAUAAGCCAGUUGCUGCUCCUGAACCAGCUGCAGUGACUGCCCCAGCGGUCCCUAAACCCGUUGAAGUGGUUGUUGUACCUCCACCAUCCCCCGUUUCAGCCCCAAAACCUGUAACAGUCCCUGCUAAAACUCCAACGAAGGUGGAGCCAGUGAUCAAGAAUGACAAGGGUAUUUCUUCUCCUUUCUGUGUCCUGUGUCUCCUGUGUGGUUUCCCAACAUUUUUGCUUUCUAGAAAACAAUCAAAUAGAGAAUAUUUGUCUCCAUUAGCUCGGUUCAAACUGCUAACCUUAAGAACUGGCCUGUUUCAAAGAUGACUUCUAGAUUUUUAACUAUUUAUUGGUUUAAUUAGUGCUCCCACAUUUGAGGACCAUUUCAUACUAUUUGGGAUGGAACCACAAGGUCGUUGUUAUAUUUACCACUGCCAAAAAGGUUCAAGGAACAGAAAGACUACUUUUGUCUAUUUAAUAUUUUUUUCCUUUUGAGGUUUUAAUGCAUUUUGAGCUUAUUGUGCAACAUGACAAACGUUAAUAGUAUAUUUCCUAAAACAUUAAUACACAUUUUUAAUUGGGAGGUUCUUUAUCUGUUUUUAAAGGGUUGAUAUAAAAUAUUUCCAUUCAUUUUCUUACAUUUGCCUGCUAAUGCAUUCAUUUUUAUACGGAUAGCAGGUUCUUUUGUUAACCCCAUCCACAUAACCGUUGUGUUUCAGUGCCUCAGAUGACAAGUAAAACGAUUACUAUGCACAUUCAAAAUUUCUGUCUCCUCAUCCAGGCCUCUUACAUACUUGGUCCACUUAAAAUAACAAUUUGUCUCAUAGGUUACCUCAAGAUAUGUGAAGUUGUCAACAUGUGCUGUGGCUCAUUGCUGUUUUUGUGGGGGGGCCUACAGGUUCUGGCACUGAAU